UUGCUUAUCAGUGGAAAAUAAUUAGCCUAGCGUGGAAUUCAAAUCUUUCUAUUUAUACUAUGGCACAAGCCGCUCUUGAUAACAGUUUGUAAACUUACACCGAAGAUCACACAUCAGAAUCGCCAUGAAACUGUGGUCAGUUGUAGCGAUUGUUGUGCUGGUUAAAGUGUUUGAUGUUGCGGCAUUGCACAGGAAUCCAUUCGAUGUGAUUAGAGGCUGUAAGCAGUACGACAAAGUGGGCUCCUACGACGCAGCUCUUACAUACUUCCCGACCACAAAUCUUCUCCAUGUUGGCCAUACAGAAAAUUCCGAAUACUUUAAAAUCGGUAUCCUGGGUCCGAACGAUGGACACAUUCGAUACGGGGACUCCUUGUUUCCGUACGAUAAGUACGUGAUAGAGAUUGUUUUGGGAGGAUGGGGAAAUACAAAAAGUGUUGCUCGACACCAGUAUCGUAAAGCCUCGAAUGAAAACAGCAAUAACCAGCUGGUCGAGGCCCAAACGCCGAACUUAUUAUCACUGUUCCAGCCCACUAUGUUCGUGCUGGAAGUUUUCCACAACGGCACGGUACAAGUUAGCAUUGACGGACAAGAUCAUCCUUUCCUGUCGUUCAACGAUAGUAAACGCACUCCCGCCAAUUAUAUGGCUUUCACCAAGUGGGACAAGGAUAUGGUUUAUUUCUACGAUUGUCCUCUCGAGGAUGCGAACGUUUUGUACAAUUCCUUGCUUCUAAACUGCACUGUGGUUUAGUAACCAUCCAGUAUAAAGUAACAUCAUUAUUAAAGGACGUUCCAACCGAAAAAUCAAUGUUUUGCAGUCACUAUUCAAGAGUAGCGUAGUAGUGUAUUUGGUAGCGGCGUAGAGAUGACUACUCCGCAGUAGAGAUUGACUACAUUUGUUGAGGGAUCAGUUAGUUCAUAGCACCAAAUGCAAAUGAAUAAAACAAGUAUAUAAUACCUUCAAAAUUCCAAUAAAAAAGUG